AUGGCCAGUAAGAGACCUACCUUCGACGAGCUCCCGCUGCGCAAGGACGGGCCCAGGGGCAACGCAUGGGGCCUCUGGGGCCCCGACGACCAGCUCGGCAUGCUCAACCUCCUCACCCCAGAGGUCACCGCCGCCGCGGCCCGCGAGAUUGUCGACGGCGGCCGCGUCUCCGUCAACCUGCCCCUCGGCCACCUGACCCCGCCUUGCUUCGGCCGCGCCCCCCUGGAGCACAAGGUCUGGCAGAAGACGCCGAGGAUCGUCUUUGACGACUCGCUUAGCAUCAACACGCAGAGCAGCUCGCAGUGGGACGGGUUCAGGCACUAUGGGUUUCAGAAGGAGGGGCUUUUCUACAAUGGGAAGACGCCGGAUGAUAUACGGAAUUCGAAUGCUAACAGCAUGCACGCAUGGGUUGAGAGCGGAGGCAUAGUAGGCCGCGGUGUCCUCCUCGACUACGCCGCCUGGGCGGAUUCACAAGGCCUCUCGCCUGCUAUCUUCGCUCCUACUUCAAUAACAGUCUCGACUCUGAAGCAGGUAGCAGAGUCGCAAAGAACUACUUUCCGCCGUGGAGACAUCUUGUUCAUCAGGAGCGGAUACGUGCGCGCCUACAACAAGUUGCCCGCUCCGGAGCGGUUGGCCCUGACAGAGCCAGCUGUGCCCAGCGCCAUCGGCGUGGAGAGUUCGGAGGAGACGCUGAGGUGGCUGUGGGAGAAUGAGUUUUCCGCAGUCGUGGGGGAUCACCCAAGUGUCGAGGCGUGGCCGGUGCAGAACCGCGAAUACUGUCUUCACGAGUGGCUUCUGGCGGGAUGGGGCGUCCCGCUAGGGGAGCUGUUCGACCUCGAGAGUCUGAGUGCCGAAUGCAAGAAGAGAGGAAGAUGGAGCUUCUUCUUUACGAGCAUGCCGUUAAACGUUAUCGGAGGUGUCGCAAGUCCGCCCAAUGGAAUAGCAAUCUUUUAA